AUCACUCUUGUAUACUUGGCAGUGCAUCAUUUAUUCUCGUACUCUAUAGGUUUGUACGCAACAAUACCACCGGAUAUCGGGUCGAGCGAAAUAAAAAUAUUAAUUAAUGGUAGAAAGUCAGUUUGUGUGCAUAUGUAAUAGAUGUGAAAGCGGAAAAGUGAUAGCAUUUAUGGAAUAGUUAAAUUUUCUAAAAACAGGAUUUUAUGUGGUAUACGCAUAUUUUAUUUUGAAAUUGCUCAACAGCGCACUUAGAAUGAAAUUGGACGAUUUUGGCGCUGGUUGCGUCGGUGGCGCAUGUGGAGUUCUCAUCGGUCAUCCUUGGGACACUAUUAAAACAUGGCAACAAGCUUCGAAUUUAUCAGUACCAAAGGCUAUAUGUCAAAUCUACAAUCGUAACAAUGGGUUAAAUGGCUUUUACAGAGGGAUGCUAUUUCCGUUCGUCACAACCGGCGCCAUUAAUUCAAUACUCUUCGGUAUCUAUGGCAAUCAUUUGAGACAACUACGCCGGGUUUGCCACAGUGAUUAUCAGCGCGAACAGUUGGAGUAUCAAAAUAUGUUCAUUGCUGGAUCCAUUGCUGGCUUUGUGCAAUCUUUUAUAGCAUGUCCUAUUGAGUUGGUGAAAGUGAGACUUCAGACACAUUGCUAUUAUAAUGAAUAUAUUUUCGGACAAAGGCGAACACCAUGGGGUGUUUUUAAAAAAGUUAUAAAAGUUGACGGAGUUUCUGGACUGUACAGAGGCUUGUUACCUAUGAUGUGUCGCGAUGUGUUUCCUUACGGUAUUUAUAUGAUGGUGUACCGUCAAACUGUUGACUUCCUAGAAACUACACCGCUAGUCCGUAAACGGCGAAGGUCAAAUGAAGGUUCUAAUGUUGACUUUCUGGUGACAACAUUGGCGGGCGCUUGGGCUGGUAUUCUUUCAUGGGUGUGUGUGAUUCCUUUUGAUGUGGUGAAGACUAUAAUGCAAGCGGAGAGUAAUAAACAAUACCGGAACAUCAGGCAUUGUUUGGUGAAAAAUUUUAAACUAUAUGGAUGGCGUCGUCUAUUCCGUGGCAGUUGGAUGUUAGUGGUUCGUGCAAUGCCUGUAAAUGCAGCAACAUUUUUAGGAUACGAAUAUGCUUUGGAAUGGUUUCACAAAUUAAAUGACUCAUAUAUUUGAGAUUGAAACUCAAUUCUUCUAACACAUUACACAAAUACAUGCAUACAUACAUACAUAUGUACAUAUGGGAACGCACCAAUUAAUCCCUCAAAUUAUCAAAAUUUGAUACCGUUACUUUUAAUUUUAUUU